AUGGCGACCGCGAUCGGGGAAAACAUCGUCGUCAUCGACCACGACGACGACUUCAUCCGAGCCGGGUACGCGAACCCGGAGUACGGCCCAGGCGUGCUCGCGCCCGCGUCCGUCCGCCUCGCCUCGGACGCCACCAGCGACGCGAUCCCCCCGACGCGCGUGAUCGUCGACCGCGCGGUGACGGACUGGGACGCCCUGGAGGCGAUCUACCGUCAUAUCUUCUACAAGCAGUGCGGUUGGAUCGAGGGCGAGGAGGGCGCGGCGCUGAUCACGGAGCCGCUGUUCACGUCCAAGGCGGAUCGCGAGCGGCUGACGCAGCUCAUGUUCGAGUCGUUCAACGUCGCGGGUCUGUACAUCGCGGAGCAGCCCGUCGCGGCGCUGUACGGCGUCGGGAAAACCUCCGGCGUGAGCGUGGACGUCGGGUUCAGCACCACCGACAUCGCGCCCGUGGUCGACGGCGUCGUCGUGACCGCGGCCGCGACGCGCUGCGCGCUCGGGACGGUCACGACGCGCGACGCGACGCGAUCGCUCCUCGGCGACGCCGGCGCCGCCCUCUCUGACGACGACGUCGACGCGGUCAGGGACGCGACGUGCCACGUCAGCAGGAGCCGCGACGACGCCCUCGACGCUUCGGACUCGAAGACGCACGUCCUGCCGGACGGGAACGUCGUGACCGUCGACGGCGCGGCGAGGAGGGCGUGCGUGGAGUCGCUGUUCGCGCCCGACGCGGACAAGGGCGGCGUCUCGGAGGCGAGCGUGUUGGACGCGAUAUUCACGCACGGGGGGUGGGCCGGGGGGGUGGGCGCGAGGAGUGGGGUCGGGUUGGGGAGGAGGAUAACGUCAGAUCUGCACGAUCUGAUGCCGCCGACGGCGCGGCCGGUGGAGGCGGGCGCGCCAGAGUACGCGCACGCGCUGACGGGGCAGUACGCGUCGUGGUUCGGCGGGGCGAUCUUAGCGAAGGUGGUGUUCCCGCUGAACCAGUACGUCACGAAGGUGGACUACCAGGAGAACGGGCCGACGGUGGUGCAUAAGAACCGGGUCGGGUGA